AUGUCGGCACCCCAGGAGCCUACGACCAAGAAGUUCGGCAAGGGCGAGAGGUCCAUCCCUCACCCGAGCCAGAAGGCCUCCAAGUACUACCCGGCUGAGGAUGAGAAGGCCGCCAGGAAGGUCCGCAAGGGCAUCCGCCCCGCCAAGGUCCGCGCCUCCCUCCAGCCCGGUACCGUCCUGAUCCUCCUCGCUGGCCGUUUCCGUGGCAAGCGCGUCAUCCUCCUCAAGCACCUGCCCCAGGGUGUUCUCCUCGUUACCGGUCCCUUCAAGGUCAACGGUGUUCCUCUCAGGAGAGUGAACGCUCGCUACGUCAUUGCCACCCAGACCAAGGUUGACCUGAGCGGCCUUGACUCCUCCGUCGUCGAGAAGGCUGGUGGCGAGGACUACUUCGCCAGGGAAAAGAAGGAGAAGAAGACCGGCGAGGAGGCCUUCUUCAAGCAGGGCGAGAAGCCCGAGCCCAAGAAGAUCGCGUCCAACCGCAUCGAGGACCAGAGGACCGUCGACAAGGCCAUCCUGGCCAACAUCAAGAAGACCGACCCCUUCCUCAUCAGCUACCUUGGCUCCACCUUCAGCCUGCGCAAGGGUGACAAGCCGCACGCGAUGGUUUUCUAA